GGGAAAAGCAGAAACUGGGAAUGCCCAUUGAAUGCCAUUCCCCCACACCCUAACAGCCAUGGUUAAGCUACUGCCACUGCUGCCACUGCUGUCAUCGCAGGCGCAGCUCUGUCCGCGAUCUCUGCGUCCGCAUUGGCGGCCCAGCUGCCCACUCUGAUCGAUGACCACAUCUUGUCUUUUUUCCCAUCCCUUUGCUGCUUCUGCCUCUCAUAGACCUGCUCGUUGUCUUCAAGAUUGUUUGUUGUCGUUCGUUGGCGUCCUUGAGUGGUUGAAGCCGAGGUCGGUGGUGUCUGAACUUUUUAUAUGCGAAUAUACUAUACCCUCGCUGCGACAUGUCCGCUCGUUACCUGUCAUCAGUCUUGGGCACGCUCCUGUUCACACUCACUGCAGCUCAAAAUACAGUCUCCCUUGCCAUCACAGCCCAGCCCACCUCAGGCGCCUCCGGGAUUAUCAGUCCCUCGUUCGCCGGCUUCGGCAUCGAGUCCUCCAAUCUCUUCUCCUUCACGGGAGGCAGCGACGAGAACCAGCUGACCAAGAAUCUGUUGGAAAAUUUGGCAAACUACACGGGCACGCCACCACAUCUGCGCAUUGGAGGCAACACCCAGGAUUAUUUCAUCUACGAUGGCUCUCAAAAUGACUAUGCGUGGGAGCCCAACCCUCACUCGGUCGGGCAGGGAGCCUAUGCGAGCGACUCCAUGAUCAUCGGCCCGAAGUUCUUCGAGGUGAUCAAUCGCUUCCCCAGCAAUACACCCAUCACCUUUGGAUUAAACCUGGCCUACUCAGAGUCCGACUACAUCAAGCAAAUCACCACUAUGGCUACACAGGCUGUCAAUCGGUUGGUCGACGUCAAUCUGGUGUCGUUUGAGAUUGGCAAUGAGCCCGAUCUGUACCUGCAGAAUGGAUUCCGCACUGGCUCCUGGGGCGGGCAAGUCUACACCCAAGAGUGGCUGGACCGAGCAGGUGCUAUCUGGGAGCAAGUCCUCCAACCAAACAACCUCCCCAGCAACUUCUUUGAGCCGGGAGCCACGGCAUCGACCAUUGGGACGUCUUUCCAGGUCCAGGACUUGGACCAGUAUGGGAUUACCGUCAAGGCCAACGGGUCGUCGAAACCGUAUAUUGCCAGCUGGAACCAGCAUGAUUACUACUAUUACAUCGGGGUGUCGACCUAUCCACUGACCGCAUACGAUUUCAUGACGCUUUCCACGACCAAUGACCAGUUCGCCGCGUGGGUCUCACAAAUCCAGCAAGCGCAAGCCACGGGCUAUCCGUAUGCUUUGCGAGAGAUGGGCGUUGUCGGUCCCAUUGGCUUGAGUGACAUUACCGACGUCUUUGGCGCCGCGCUGUGGUCCCUCAAUUUCUUCCUCUAUGCAGCUACCCUCAAUAUCUCUUCGGUUCAGAUGCAUAUGACGGACAAUAGCAACGCGAGUGCCUGGCAGCCAAUCCCAUAUUAUGACAAUCAGCCAUUUGUGCGACCGAACUAUUAUGCGUUCGCUGCCUUUGAUCAAACCAUUGGACCAACGUGCCAGGCCCAGAUUGGUGGGUAUAUCAUUCAAGAUCCUCCUGCGUCAUAUGGCGGCCGAAUCGCGGCCUAUUCGGUCUAUCAAGCCGGUACCCUGGCCUCAAUCGUUUUGAUCAACUCGAAUCCUGCCAACGUCUCGGAGCCGAACAAGCCGAGUCUUACGUGGAACUUGUCCCUGCCCAAGCAGUUUGCAGGACAGGAGUUAUACCUCGCAUAUCUCACCAACGACGGAGCGGACGCGAAGCACGGUACAACCUGGAACGGCAUCAGCUACGAGAAGAGCGGUGACGGGACAGCUACCAGGGUGAAUAACACUGUUGAGAGAGUCAAAAUUGGCAGUGAUGGGAGCGCCAAUAUCGUGGUCCGAGAUUCCCAAGCUGUUAUUGCCAAUAUCGGGUCACCGGUCGGCCAGCGAAAGCCCAACGCCAGUGCAUGCUCUAAACUGGCUGCUAGCACCCCCGAUGCUCGUCCUGUUACAACCCCGGUCGGUACAAGUGCGCCCGCGGCAACGUCUACUUCUGAUAGCUCAUCCUCCUCCUCAUCAACCCACUCGGAUAAUUCAGCCCAAUCGAACGCAGCAUCGAGAACAGGCCUUUCUAUGGUGGUGUUGACGACAAUCGCUUCAGUGAUGCUGACUGGAGUCUGUCUUGUUUGCGUAUAAUGUAGAUUUCGCCCUAUAUUUGUGCAUGUGCCAGGGUAUCAUUGACGUAGACGGCGUUUAUGAGUCUCCGCUGUCGAAAGAUUUACGAUCAAAAGAUGUUUGCACCAGUCUGGAGUCAAAAGGGUUAUGUGCCAAAUGCUAUCAACGACCGUGGAUCAUAUGAGUUGGGUUGGGGGCAAGCAAGACGAGCGGGUGGUCAUUUGGAAAAUAGUUGUGUGACUGAGGCUAGAAUAUCUAGGUACUUGAUAAAUCUAAUCUGUAAUGAUGAUGGGCC